GAAGCUCUCUGACCGGCUUCAAGAUCGAGCGGCUCUUCUUGCCCAUUUCGUGGCUGAGGAGCGGCGUCUUCCGCUGCCUGGGCAUCAGUGCCCUUCUGUUCGCGGCUCUGCGCUGGGUGCAAGCACUUCAGGCCGCCGGAAUUGCAGCUGCAGAGACGCGGAGCACCAAGGACGUCCUUUGGCUCGUUGGCCUGAUUGGAGUGACCGCUUCUUCCGCCUGCCUCGUGUGGAGAGUCUGGCCUGUCCUGAGCUUCAUCGGAGACAAGAUCAUCUCCAACAACACGAAGAUGAGACAUAGGCUCUUCGGCCCGUUUGGUUUCGGUCCCAAAGAAGACCAAGAGCAGCUCAUGCGAGCGGUUGUCAAGAGGGUGCACAACGUCGCGAGGGAGUCUGGAUACGCCAUGUCCAUCUGCAAUAUGGACGUGAGCCAUCCGCUGAGGCCUUUCUUUCCGACUAACAAGUUCAGCACCACCUUCAUGUACAAGUCUGUGGAAGGCAGUAGCGCCGGCUUGCCACCUCUGUCGGCGGACAACUUCUUGGAUCCCAGAGACCUUUAG